AUGAGGACGAAGAGGAAGAAUGAUGAUGUGCAACUUGAUACUAAGAUGAGGAUGAAGAGGAAGAAUGAUGAGUUGAUGAACAAGAUUAAGAAUUUUGAGGUGAUGAAGAAAAGGAAGCAGGAUGAAGUUGAUGAGAUGAAGAGAAAGAAUGAUGAGGUGAUGAAGAAGAGGAAGCAGGAUGAUGUUGAUGAGAUUAAGAGAAAGAUGAAUGAGAGGAAGGAGAGGAUAUCUAAGUUGGCAAAGAAGAGGAAGGCUGAUGAGGAUAAGAGGAAGGUUGAUGAGGCGAAUAAGUUGGCCAUUAAAAAGAAGGCGAAUGAGUUGGCCAAGAAGAGGAAGUUGCCAAAGAAGAGGAAGGAGAAGAACGAUGAGGAGGAGGACAAGUACGAGGACGGGGAGAUUGAGGAGGAGGAGAAGACUUUGGAGAAGGACGAGGAGACUAAGGAGGACGAGGAGACAAAGGAGGAGGACGAGGAGACUAAGGUGGAGGACGAGGAGACUGAGGAGGAGGACGAUGAAACUGAGGAGAAUGACAUAAACGAUGAUUCGCGCCCCACGCCAAAAGCCUCUCGCAAAUUGAGUUUUGAUCGCCCAGAGGAGAAGAAUGAUGAUGUGCAUGACAAGGAUCGCCCAGAGGAGAAGAAUGAUGAUGUGCAUGACAAGGAUCGCCCAGAGGAGGAUGAGAAUUCUGAUAGCCCAAAGGAGAAUGAGAAUAAGGAGGAGAUUGUGAAGGAGGUGAUUGUGGAGACUAAGGAUGAGGAGAAGAAGAAGAAGGAGAAUGAUGUGAAUGAUGAGAUAGAUGCAAUCUGUCACCUAAUGAAUCGAAGGGUUGCGGAGUUCCUUAAGACAUAUCCAAAGAAUUUCUCAAUUGAUGACUCUCAACUCUCUCAAAAGAUUGUGAAUCGCUAUCCUUUGUUUGCCCCAAAUCAUGCAGGCUACAAGUUCGACGAUUUCAUGGAAUAUGUAAUUGGUGAAGGAAGUAAUCCUUUGAAUCUUUUUGAUAUGAUAUAUAAAAUCUUCCCAAAGGAUGAAUAUGACGACUUCAUGAAACCGAUGUGUGAAAUGAUUCCAUACUUGCUUGAAGAGGGGUUCACCAAGGGCGAUAAGGACAGGUUUCCACAGUUCAAAUUGGAGAAGAUGUCAUAUUCUGUAAUACCACAGCCAAUAGUCCCAAAGACAACCAAAAGUGGGGACUGUUGUGUUUUUACUAUUAUGCAUUUGGAAUACCUUACUGCCUCAUUGGAUAUAUCAAAUGUGGUCACCAAACAAAUGAUUUUUUGGAGAAACAAAUGGGCAACAAGGUUAUUCCACCAAAUUGUAGACCCCUAA